AUGCAAGGUAUUAAAAAAGAAGAGGAGUGUUUUGAAAGGGUUGACCAUUUAGUGGUUAACGGAUUAAAUAAAAAUUUAAUUUGUCAGGCAUGUGGAAAUGUUUUUCACGAUCCGGUAAUCAACGUAAGGUGUGGCCACACAUUUUGCCGGAGAUGUCUUAGUGUCAUAUCCGGAAUUGUCAAAUGCCCCCUCGAUGGUGACACCUGUCGACUUGAAGCUGUGGUUAAUAAUAGGAACAUUCAGGAUCAAAUAAAUGACCUACAAUUUUAUUGCAAAUACAGUCGAUCAUUUACAAAUAGGUAUUCAAACACUCCCCAUGAAGAUGGCUGCUCUGCUGUUUUAGAUUAUGGAUCUAAAUCUGAUCAUGAAAAUAGCUGUAAAUAUAGUUGGGUGGAUUGCCCAAACAAUCCAAAACUUUGUGGAAAGUUAUGGAAAACCAAAUUAAUAGAGCAUAGAAAUACUUGCCUGUUCUAUCCUUGCCCUAACUACAAAAAAGGUUGCAUAUUUCAAAAUACGAAAAGUAUUGUUGACCUUCACGUAUCAAGUUGUUUGUUUCAAGAUCAGGAGAAUGACCAUAGACAAAUGAACAUUGUUGAUCAGCUGGAAGCUCUCAAAACCUCUCAGAAAGAGAUAAUGAUUAAACUGAAUGAGCUGACAUGUAGGAUUGAAGUACUAGAGGAUGCAGUCAGUAAUAGCCGAGCGGUGGCCAGCAAAACAAAGAUUGUGAGCAAACUUCCUUCAGAGCCAGUUUAUGAUGAGUUGGAUGCAAGGUCAUCGAUAGGAGUCGAGUCAACGGAACUGUUGUCAGUUUCAAGCAACAACUCAAAACUCCCUCAUGACUGGACAAUGCCAUUUCAGUUCAAAUGUGUUGGCACAAUCAAGAGCCACCAGUCAGCAGUUACAAGCAUCACCAUGUGGAAGAAGAUGGUGUUCAGUAGUGAUGACCAGUCCAACAUUAAGAUGUGGUCACUCGAUGAUCCCUGUCUCGGCUGCCAACUCACACUGAAGGCUGGCAAAAAAAUGAUAAACAUGAUAACAGUGAACAAUGACCACCUGUACAGCGUGGGGGAGGACCUGUCACUCAGGUGCUGGAACCUCACCAACAUGUCCGAAGUUGCUACAGUUGAAAGUGCUCAUGACCACAACAUAACUGCCCUUGUAUGCUCGAAUAAUUUGCUCUUCACGUCUUCCUUCACUGUCAUCAAGGUGUGGAACUGUGAGACAUUGUCACCCGUGCAUGCACUCACUGGCCUAGACCACUGGGUCAAGGCACUUGCCAUCAACUCGAAGAAGGAUAAGUUGUACAGUGGAUCUCACAGCACAGUUAAUUUAUGGAGCGCCACUUAUCCAUUCGAAUUGCUGGGUACCAUUAAAAACCAGUUUGGUUCAGUGGAUUCUUUGGUGGUCUCCAAUAAACUCAUCAUCAUUGGCACAUAUAAUAAGAACAUUCAUGCAUAUGAUGUGAACACGUUAGCGUUCGUGCAUCACUUCACUGGUCAUGUUGGAAGAAUAAGUUGCAUGGUUCUCUCCCCACUGCACAAUUUCUUCAUUACCGGAUCAUCCGAUAGCACACUCCUGCUCUGGUGCCUCAAUAAGAUGCUGCCUAUUCAAACCCUGCAACGGCACCAGGGAGGUGUCAACUGUGUGGUCGUCUGCGACGACAUGCUUCUCAGUGGAUCGUCUGAUACUGAAAUUAAAGUGUUCAAAGUGUUGAAGCUGUGAUUUUGCCUCAAUUUGAAUUUUAAUAUAUUUUUGUAUGUUUUUUACUUGAAAUUAUUUUAAUUGUUUUAACUUGCGAUUUCUAGAGCUACCGUUUACUUUUUCUUUUAUAGUGCUUUCUUGUAUACAAACGCUAUUUUGUAUUUUAAUUAAUCGAUUAUGAAUAUUUUUCUAAGUUGUUUGAGACAUUUUUUAUACAACUCUUUACAUAUUUUGAAAUAGAAGUUUAUUAAAUACUGAAUAAACUGUC